AGGAGAUUCGAAAAAAAUUAGCAAACACUAUCCAGUUUCAGCUGUAAUUCCAAUUCAAACCAUUUUCUUCCUCCGUCUCCUUCAGCCGCGUUGACUGAAACUGACGAUUCAUUGGUUUUCCGUUCAACGAACUACAGAUGAUGUCCAAAUUCUCAUGAAUUUCGUGCUAACUUGCCAUAAUUUCAAUUGGGUUUCCUCCACCGUUUCAUUCUUCAAAACCCUGUAAGUUUCCCCAAUUCCCAGUUUCAACUUCUGUCAGAUUCUUCAUCUUCUCAGAAUUUUCUCCGGGUCCCAGUUGAUUCCUUGUUGUUUCUGAUCUUUUCAACCCGAAUUUCGGAUUGCCCUUGCUCUGAUUCUUCUUGAUAAGUUCGAUUUUGAUCCGUUUCGUGGAUCCCCCUUUUGAUUUUGAGUGAAUCUUUUUGGAGUUGUGAUCGCGUAACCUAAUUUUUCCACCGAGAGUUAAUAGUUUCGAACUACAGAUCGAUAAUCAAAUCGCAGGAUGCGCAGCUCAAUCCCUCAGCCCUCUUCUUCCAUCCGAGCGGUGGAUAAUUCGCCUCUGCUCGGUCACUCGGUCACCGAUGGCUUUCUCCGUUCGCGAGCGUUCAUCGGCCGCUCGCCUCAGCCUCUGCGCCGCGCGGUUCGUCUUCUCCGCCGCGCAGGUGGGCGGCAGAUGAUGCUCCGAGAACCAUCCGUUCGGGUCCGCGAGACCGCCGCCGAGCAGCUGGAGGAGCGGCAGAGCGAUUGGGCGUACUCGAAGCCCAUUAUCCUCUUGGACCUUCUAUGGAACUUGGCCUUCGUUGCCAUUAGUUUCACUGUCCUAGGGCUUAGCACCAGCGAAAAACCCUCGGUGCCGCUGAGGUUUUGGAUCACUGGAUAUGCAGUGCAGUGUAUAAUUCACAUGGCCUGCGUCGCCACCGAGUAUAAGCGGCGGCGCUCCACGAGAGAAACCGUUGGAUUGGACCAUAACGGCGGCUGGGCGAGUGGCGAGGAUUCGAACUCGGUCUCCGGAAGCGAUGGAGACGAUUAUGUCACAGAGCUUACUGAGAAUGACGAAGAACCCAGCAAUCUUGCAAAGCAUAUUGAGUCUGCAAAUACAUUGUUCUCUUUCAUCUGGUGGCUGAUGGGAUUUUACUGGGUAACUGCUGGAGGCCAAACAUUGAUAGAUGAUUCACCUCAGCUAUACUGGCUUUGCAUUACAUUCCUUGCUUUCGACGUCGUAUUUGUUCUGAUUUGUGUUGCAAUUGCGUGCCUUGUCGGUGUUGCUAUUUGCUGCUGCCUCCCUUGCAUAAUUGCCAUCUUGUAUGCAGUCACUGAUCAGGAAGGAGCAACCAAGGAAGAUAUCGAGCGCUUACCAAAGUACAAAUACAACAGAACAGACGAUUUCGAGAAAGUGAAUGGUGAUGUUCAAGAAUCCACCGGAGGAAUAAUGACUAAUUGUGACAGUGAUGCACCUACAGAACGUUUUCUUCGUCCUGAAGACGCUGAGUGUUGCAUCUGCCUCACCGCAUACGAAAACGGAACAGAGCUGCGAGAACUUCCCUGCAACCACCAUUUCCACUGCAGCUGCAUCGACAAAUGGCUACACAUCAACGCCACCUGCCCACUCUGCAAGUUCAACAUCUUGAAGCCAAACAGUUCCAGUAACGAAGAAGUGUGACGUGACGGUGGAGUAUACGAUGGACGAAAGACGAAAGACGACACACCCCAAAUCAUGUUUUGGGCUUGGUGGCCAGUGGGGAGAGACCAUAUUUCUAAGGUCUCCUGCGGAGAGAGUGUUUGGAAGCAGCUGCUGUUGUAUGUAUGUAUGUGUAAUUUUUAGGCUAAAAAGUAUUUGAGUUCUGACUUGUGUAAAUUUGGAUCUGAGGGAACUGUGUUUUUGACUUUGUUCUGAUGAGAAUACUAUUAUGUUGGGAGAGCCCAUUUGGUGUUUUAAUCUAAUUUUGGUCUGCACAUA